CGUGUCUGGUCAUGGCGCACCAGAUACAAUGAAUUUCUUGGAGGAGGUGGUCACUGGGUCGGGUAUGGAGACUGUGGUCAGGGUGUGCAGUGUGGCCUUGAGCAAAGGUGUCUUGCUGCGGAGCACAUCGAGGUAGAGGUGGACUGUGAAGCCGGAGACUGGGUUUCGGAAUUUUCCCGUUCGGAUAGUUCUAAUGAGAGCUCCCUCGAGCAUCUCCGUCACUCUAGCUCGUUCUCGCAUUCGGAUGGUCGGGAUGACGAGGAACCAGGUUACCUCCGGCAGGAGAUCGAGGGUAUCGGGGGUGUGGUCAAACAAAAAGUCAAGAAGAGAGUCCGUGUUGGGGCUAGUGUCGAGGAACGUGACGAUGAUCGGGAAAACGCAACAUACUUGAAACAAGAAACCUCGGGCGCUGUGCGAAGUCGAUGCGGAUGGUGUUCUGGGAUCGUUCCAAGCAAUGUUGAAAGGGGGCGUAACUGA